CUUUGGAUGAUCAGCCUUGGCUUUGGUUUGAGAUUUCGACAUUGGGGAUGAAAAAGACUGAGAUUCAGAAUCAGAAGUUGGGAAAAGGAACAGGCCUGGAUUUUGAGUCCGAUCGUAUCCACUUUUAUGGGCAAAAAAUUAAGCCUUGUUGCCUCUCUUUGAUCGGUUUCUCUUGAACAUUCUCAACCUCUUUUUCAAACACAAUUAAAAAAUGAAUUCCAAUUUGAGAAUCGCCUGCGUCACAGUGGGACUACCGGCUCGUGGCAAGACCUACAUCGCACAAAAAGUCUGGAGAUAUCUUUCCUGGAUUGGCAUCCAUACAAAAGUGUUCAAUGUUGGAGACUACCGCCGUAAGCUUGCGGGAAGUCACGUCCCACACACUUUUUUUGACCCACACAAUUCAACUGGUGAGGCGCAACGUCAAGAAGCUGCUGAUCAAGCUCUCCAGGACAUGAUACGAUUCUUUGAAAAGGAUGGGGGUAUUGUGGCCCUUUAUGAUGCCACCAACAGCACCUUGAAACGGCGCAAGUGGAUCCUUGAGACAUUGACCAAGCACGAUGUCGAUGUUCUGUUUAUUGAAUCCAUUUGCCAGGAAGACGAAAUCAUCAUGCGCAAUAUUCGGGAGGUCAAGUUAUUGUCACCCGAUUACGUUCACGUUGAUCCCGAAGUUGCUGCCGAAGAUUUCAAAGCCAGAAUUGAGCAUUAUCGGGAACGCUAUGAGCCUAUAAGCGAAGAAGAGGAAAAGGAUAUAUCCUACAUAAAGCUCAUCAAUGUUGGUCACCAAUUUAUUAUCAAUAUGAUACGAGGAUAUCUGGAGUCCAAGGUGAUUCAGUUCUUGAUGAACCUGCACAUUGUUCCACGCAAGAUUUAUUUAAGUAGGCAUGGUGAAUCAAUGUACAAUGUGGAUGGAAAGCUUGGCGGUGACUCGGAAUUAUCUCCUCGCGGCCAAAUGUACGCACAGCAACUACCGGAGCUGGUGCGAAAGCAUUUGGGCAACCAGAAUUUAACCGUUUGGACUUCGACCAUGAAGCGCACUAUUGCAACAGCCAAGAAUCUGAGAUACCCCAAAAAAACCUGGAAGGCAUUGGAUGAAUUGGAUGCAGGUGUAUGUGACGGAAUGACCUAUGAGGAAAUCCAGGAAAAAUAUCCUGAAGACUUUGCAAAUCGUGAUGAAGACAAAUUCAACUAUAGAUAUCGAGGUGGAGAGUCAUAUCGGGACGUAGUAUUGCGACUGGAACCUGUUGUCAUGGAACUCGAGCGUCAAGAGAAUAUUCUCAUUGUUGGGCAUCAAGCCAUUCUUCGUUGCUUACAUGCGUAUUUCUUCCACGAUAAACAUGAAGAGCUGCCGUAUAUCAAAAUUCCAUUGCAUACUCUGAUCGAAUUAACUCCCCGAGCAUACGCUUGUGAAGAGAAACGAUACCCAUUGAACAUUGCUGCAGUAGAUACGCAUCGACCGAAGCCAAAAUCUAGCAGCAGUAGCUCAAGCCAUCUAACACCCACGAGUAUCGGUAUAAAUUCUCGCAGUACCAAUGCUGGUGCUAGCGGUGAGAUUGUUACUGCCCCCAUGAGUCCUAUAUUACCUAUCAGCCCACAGUUGUUCCCCAAUAUUCAUACGGCUACAGCAGGAGUCAAUGGCGGUAGGGACUCGAGGUCAAUGUCAAGUGGAUCAUCUGGAAACAAUCAAAACGAUGAUCAAUCUGUACCCGGCGAUAUGGCUUCACUGGAUCUCGGAGCAGCAGUCGUCGGCAUGCAAUGACCGUACCUUUAGCAAGCAGAAAGCAUAGUACCCAACCAUCUUUAAAGCAUUUAACACUACUCCCACUUUCAAGCAACACCAUUAUUACGCCUCAAUACAUGCUCAAUCGUUUAUAAAAAUGUGUGUUUAU